GUGUGCAUGUGUAUGUGUUUCUGUGCGGUGUGUGUGUGUGUGCGUGUGUAUGCGUGUGUGAGUGUGUGUGUGUCUGAGGUGGCAACAGGAGAGCAUGAACAGAAGGGCACCUUUGGGGGAACAGGAGAGAAACAAGGUGACUACAGAGGGCACCAGUGGGAAUGUGUGUUUUCACUGACAGGAUGGAGAAUUUAAAAUUGCUUGGGAGAAAAACCUACCCGUGUCACUUUGGAUUUAAGGGAUCUUAGAGAGAGAGAGAGAGAGAGAAAGAGAUGGGGAGAGAGAGAGAGAGAGAGAGAGAAGCACCGCCUAUCUUUGGUAUCAAGGGGCUUAAAUCGGAGACAGGGAGAGAGAGAGAGAGAGAGAGAGAGAGAGAGAAAUAGAGAGAUAUAUCUGCAGAGAGAAGGCAUCGGCUCAACACAUAUACUGUAAAAUGCUUUUGGACGCUUGCAGCAGACAUACAUUCGCAUUAUUUUCUCGAGCCGAAUAAGCAUCAGAAGACAGCGGGCGAGGUCAGCCGCAGGUCUGAAGAGCAGAAGGAGGAGGAACAGGAAGCUGCAGAUUUCUCCUCCCGCUGGUGUGAGACGGUGUGUGUGAGCGUGUGUGCGUGAGAGAGAGGAAGAGAGAGAGAGAGAGAGGGAGAGAGAGAGAGAGAGAGAGGGAGAGAGAGAGAGGGAGAGAGAGGGAGCAGACGAUGCCGGAGCAGAGUAACGAUUACCGGGUGGUGGUGUUCGGGGCGGGUGGGGUGGGGAAGAGCUCGCUGGUGCUUCGCUUUGUGAAGGGCACCUUUCGGGACACCUACAUCCCCACGGUGGAGGACACGUACCGCCAGGUGAUCAGCUGCGACAAGAGCGUGUGCACGCUGCAGAUCACCGACACCACCGGCAGCCACCAGUUCCCCGCCAUGCAGCGCCUGUCCAUCUCCAAGGGCCACGCCUUCAUCCUGGUCUACUCCAUCACCAGCCGCCAGUCCCUGGAGGAGCUCAAGCCCAUCUACCAGCAGGUGCUGUCCAUCAAGGGCAGCGUGGAGAGCAUUCCCAUCAUGCUCGUGGGCAACAAGAGCGACGAGACGCAGCGGGAGGUGGAGACGCGGGACGGGGAGGCGCAGGCCGCCGCCUGGAAGUGCGCCUUCAUGGAGACGUCCGCCAAGAUGAACUACAACGUGAAGGAGCUGUUCCAGGAGCUGCUCAACCUGGACAAGAAGCGCAACAUGAGCCUGAACCUGAGCGGCGGCAAGAACAAGCGCACCGACAAGCUCAAGGGCAAGUGCAGCCUGAUGUAGGCCCCAGGGGGCGGGGCCAGAGACCCGGAGCGGGUCAGGGACCAGGGGGCGGGGGCCUGAGGGCGGGGCUAGGGGGACGAGGGGGUGUGGCUAGGGCUGGGGGGUGGGGCCAGGCCUGGGGGUUAGAGCCAGGGGGCUGGGGGCAGGGCUAGGGACCGGGGGCGGGGCGAGGGACCAGGGGAGGGGCUGUGGGAGAGGUUGGAUUGAAGAAGCUCAACACUCCUAGCUCCACGCCCUCCCGCCCUUCCUCUAUCUCUCCAGGCCGAAACUGGAGAAGGCUUGGAGUCUCAUCAGAAGAUGUUCAUUUCCAGCUGUUAUUCACAGACUCUUGCCCCCCAAACCCCCCCCCUCCCCCCGCUCUGACGGUGAGGCUGGGCACGGACCGCCAUGUUUUUCACCCACAAAUCUUCCAGCCAAUAAGGCCUGGUUUUCACUAUGGGAGGGGUUUGGUGGGUGGUGGGGGGAGGAGCCCCCCCAACCCUUCCCCCCCACCACCUGUUCCAACAUUCAACAUGGCGCCGUUGUCGUGGAAAUGCCGUGUUUGGGAGCAGCAGUGUACACCGGUCCCCCCCGCCCCCGCCCCCGUCCUCAGUCCAAGGGCAUUUUGAACAUCACUGUGUUCCUCCUUUUUAUUAUCCCCUGAAGCACUAAAUCUGAGGUUUCUUUUCGCCAUUAAAUGUUUCGCGAGUGCCAUUUUCCAAAAUACCAUGAGUAGAUCCACCUGUCCUGUGAGGAUCCACUGACCCAGCGCUCCGGAGGGGCCUGGCCGCCCCAUCCCAGCCGUUACCCUGUGAGCACGGCCAUCCUGGAAAACCCAAACCCUCGCUUUAAUCCACCUGGAGUAAAAACUCACACAUCAUUCCUGCCUUUCGAGCGGAUUCAUCUACGGAUAAUUUCAUCUGCUUUAAUUUCAUCUGCUUUUCAGAGUCUUCUCCCAGGGUGCAGCUUCAGAGGGGGGAG